CAGUAGCACAGCUGCGGAGUUUAAACUGCGCGUAGAUUAAAUUAUAAACGACGCAUCAUGCUCAGGUGGUCUGUUUUCCAAACUAAAGGAGAUAACACAGCCUGCGCGUCAGAAAGAAAACAUUCGUAUGAUUAACAAGGACAUUCUAAGUGUAGUUAUGGAGGAAAGCAAUACCUGUGAAUCAGUCCCAGAUUUGAAGGAUCUAGAGGUAAAAGUUGGGAGAAAGACACCAGAGGGACUCCUGAAGUGGAUGAGAGAGGACCACAAAAUGAUCUGUCAUCAUCAGACCGAGAAUAAUGACACAGAGAAGAAGGGCCUGGAUGAGAAGAUCAGAAUACUGAAAUUGGAGAUGGCUUGUCUACGCGCAGCAGACGUCAAGAUCUUGAACCAGUUAAUAGCAUUACACGAGGGCAUUGAGGCGGUCAAAUGGCUUCUGGAGGAGCGUGGUGCCCUCACCAGCCGCUGCAGUAGCCUGACCAGCAGCCAGUACAGCUUGGGGGAAGGUCCUGAUACAUCUUGGAGGGGAAGCUUGAGCAGCCUGCAAGACCCCCAUGACAAGUUAGACAACAUUUCCAUCGGCAGCUAUCUGGACACAUUAGCAGACGAUCUAGAUGAGUACUGCCCCUCCAGCGGGACUGAUUCAAUACUCUGUUCUGCCCCUAUUGGGACGGAGGUCCCCAGAGGUAGCGGAGGAGGAAUGAACGGCACCACUGGAUCCGGAACCAGAUCUCCACAAGUCAGUUCCAAUGCUCCUAAAGACGAAGCUCAGGUUUGGAAGGCGGUGUCUGAGACUGGGCGACCACACCCUCCUGUCAAUCAUGAUUCUAAUAAUGCACAGUCUAAGAAAGCGCUGAAGCAAAUGGUUGGCUCAGACUCACCCCGGGCCUGUCUGGCUGAGAAACUGGGGAAGAAUCUAAGCCCUAAAGUGAAACCUUACAAGAAUGGCAAAGUUGAGCUGGAGACCUGCAAAAUGAACGGCAAAGUUCAACUGGAAUAUGACGCACACUGGCGUUGGGUGCACUCCCAGGAUGAUGUGACAUUUUUGUGAUAAUGUACAUUAUUUUCAAGCCAAAGCUAUUGGCUUGACCUGAUUCUCGGUUCAACACUGAGCUUUUGUUUCGUAGACUUUAAUUUUGGUUCCUGUAAAUCACAGAGGUGAAGAGGUCAGUAAGAGUAAUAGAAAGACGCCUGAACUCAUCACAUUAUAGGAAUGUGUGGUCAAGAUUGAAGAAUCUAGAUUUAAUUAUCAUCAGUUAAAGUUGUGUAGAUGUUUAUGCACGCAUGUUUAAAAAUUUUCAUUUCUUUUUGGAAGUCAUAAUCUUUUCUGAAGUCUAUCAGCUAAAUUUUAAGUAUUUAUUAAUGAAUCACAUCAUUUUUUCCAAAUCAGUAGUUUAUGGAAUACUGUAUAACUCUUAAACGGUUACUUAAAGGUUACUUAAAGGUUCUUUGUCUAUGGUGCCUUUAAAGGAAUAGUCUACUCAUUUUCAAUAUUAAAAU